AUGACAUCCACAAUCCGAGCAAAGCAGAUUGUGGAAAGUCCGCUUCCAUCCCUCCAAAUUGGGCCCUACCAUACCGUUUCAAGUGCACUUCAGCCUUUGUGCUUCGAGGGGACCCUUAUCCCAUGGAGCAAUUUCCUACGGUCUGUUGAGCAUGCGCACACAAAUCAAAAUUGGGCGAGGUCAAGGACAUCACCUUAUGCCAAUGGCCCUCAUUCCACGGAAGCCGAUCGGGUACAUACCGGGGAUGAGCAUGGCCUCCAGGGCCGUUUCCAACAGGCCAUUGGCCAAGCAUUUGGGGCGGUCCUGGAGGCCAAGGCAAUCAACCUCUACUUCGCCGACUUCAAAAGCUCGGGGAGCAACUACGACAAAAUCCCCGACGUUGUCGGUCUGCAAGAUAUGGCUGGAAUUACUACCAUCAAGCUGGUUGGGGAGCUGAAGACGCCCUGGGUCAUUCAACAUACCUCCACUCGGCGGUUCACCGUCUACGUGACCUGCGACAAAAGAUUUCCCAGCCAGUUCGGGACAUGCAGGCACUCGGUUGCGAUAUGGUAUUCACCUCCUAUCUCCUCGUCAUCGUACUACUUCCCAACAGUCCCUAACCCCCAAGGGACUCAUCUCGCCCUCCCUCAUGUAUCGAUGAAGCAGUGCAUGUUGUACGUGUGUACCUUAGCGAGUGCAGCUAACCCCGUCAACAAUCAGACUGCACCCUGGGUUAUCCAUACGUACUGCCGAAUUUGCCUGCCUGCUUGA